GGCACAUGUUUUUCGUAAGAUAUUACGUAUUGACAACAUUGGUCAGUAUGAAAUAUGUCAACUUUAAAUUGGUAAAGUGAAGCUAGUAAAUAGAAGAAAGUAAAAUGGAUAGUUCGGUAGAACGUCGUAUAUCUGACUGUCUAACAGAGGCUUAUGAUUAUUAUUUCAAAGGAAGAUACGAUAAAUGUGUAGAUACUUUUCAGCUGUUACGUGAAGAAUUAAAUGCCACCAAAUCAUUACUAGAAGUAUGCAGUAUUGAUAAAUGCGUAUUCAAUUGCUUAAUAGAGAAUAAUAUAUUGAUUUCGAAAAGUGUGUCAUUCAGGUGGGACCUUAAUGACUAUGGAACAUGGGAUGACCUGAUGCAGGAUUUCUUAAGACUUCAUCAACAAAUAAAAAGCCUUCACAAUAUUCGCAGUGUCCCGCUGAAGUGCUAUUUGAAUGUGGUAUAUAACUCCCUGUACUGGGGCUGGCAUCGUCCGAAUGGUCUCCACCAUGACAAAAGCCACACUGAAACAUGCAUGGAGAUGGCAGUAAGCUGUUUCAAGACAGUGUUGGAAGUCUGCAAUGAUCCAUGCCAAAGUUUGAGUUUUUGUAACACAGAAGACAUUGUUUUAUUUCUUAUGAAGAGAGUUUCAAAUAAUCUAAUUCAGGUUGGCGGAGAAGAAUCCUUACAGUUGCUUGAAAUCUGUAUAAUCAUUAUUUACAUUCUGAUUGAGCUGAAAGUGAAAAGAGAAAUCAUUAUUGAGUGUACAAGCAUCAUUGCUUCUAUUCUGAGUAUGAGAAGCAUUUUGGUGUCAAGUGUGCGCUUGGCUGUUAAAAAUAAGAAAAAGGAAGCAGUAAGCAGUUUCAAAUUUAUACUCUAUGAGGUGGAUAGCGCAGUGGAAAAAUGUGAUGUUGAAACCGUGCUUGAAAUAUUGAAAGCUGCUUAUUGCCUCUGUUUAAUUCAGACUGAGCGAUAUGCAAAGUGCAUUGAAUGCCUGGAAACGUGUGAAGAUACUGACGUAAAAUUCCGGGCCGUAAAGAGUUACAUCAAAGCUUAUGCGUGCUACAACUGUAAUGAUACAGAAGCAUGUCUGCUCAGUCUAGCUAAACUGGAGAAAAUGCCACUCAGCAACCAGAUGAAAGUCAGGGUUCAUCUUUUGCACGGUUCUCUUCUUGCAAAGCAGGGAAGGCAUUCAGAAGCUCUGCGAGAGUUUUUUAAGCCACUGUCAGUAGGACUUGAAGAUAAGCAAGAGAAGAAGGACUUCUAUCCCGUGACACUUUACCACAUUUCUGAAGAAUAUGAGGCGAUGUUUUGCUUGUACGAAGAGCAUCGUUCCGACGCAAUAACAGUGCAGUGUCGUGGAACGAGCUGUGGCAAACAAUCUGAGCUGUUACAUGCUUCCUUACGAGCUGAUCACUUGGACUCACUUCGACAUCUUGUUCAAGUGCUGAAAGACGGAGAUGAUGAUGAUAAAUCUGCUGUUGACACUAAUUCUUCAUUUAGUUUUCAACUGAGGAUUUUAAAUAUUCUGCAUCCACAACCAGAAAUUAAUUUGUCCAUAGCUUCGUACAAGCUGGCGACAGCACUUGCCACAGAUGAGGUGACUAUAUACUUGCAUCCUAUUCCGUCUCUGAUCACACAGUUGCCUCAUGCCAGUGUUAUCCACCACACCGCUGCAGUCUUGCUGCUGAAAAGCAAAGAUCUGGAACGGGCAGAACGCCUGUGCCGACAGGCUAUCGGCUACCACUCCAGCAAGAGUUGCAGUCCGAGAGACAUGGAACAUUUUCUCCUCUGCCUGGAAGAUGAUCUGGUAGCUCUUAUGCUGCUAGCCCAGGUGCAUAAACUUAAAGGAGAAGAAAUUAAAGAAUCAGAAAUCUUAGACAGGUGUCUCAGGCUUAUUCAUAAUUUCAAAAGGAACGAAGCUUCAGCGAAAUACCCGACUGUACACGAGGAUACUGAAAGUGUUGAAGCUUGCAAAACCAACAUUACACAGCUACUAAAUGGUUUGGAAGCUAAAGUACAUCUUCAGAAGGCACAGAAUUAUCUACGGAGAGGCUCUUCGUUUCAGAAUGAUUCUUUCUUUGAAUUCAAACAAGCUCUGCUCUGCAAUUCAGGUGAUAAGGAUGUGUUUUUUUCGUACAAACUCUUUCUGGAAGAAAAUCAUCAGUAUCACAAGCAAGACAAAUCGCUGCCACCGAAUCGCUGUCUCGAUCUUCAUGUUGAAAACUACGACAGUCUUGCACUAAAUCACUUAUUGCAGUCAAAAACAUCUGAGGACAGUGACGUUGAUAUGUUUCUAGAGCCAUAAGUGCUGUUGCCAUUUUGUCACUUAAUACAGUUUGUUUUUAUGUCACGUGCUAUCAACUGUUUUGUAAAAAUAUAUCAAUAUUAGACUAUUAAAUCCUAUAUUUAUACAGCU